AUGAGUGAUUUCCGUGGUAUACAAAAUGGGUUUAGUAGUAAGAAGAGAGUUAAGGAAAGUUUUAGGCUUAGUGUGUCCUAUUUUUAUGUAGGAAUGAUAGAGGGGGAGAAGGCCAUGAAGGCAAAUAAGAAGGUGCAUUUUAGGCUAGAAGAGUAUGGGCCGAGUGUGAAAGAUGGGUUUAUGGGCGAGGCGAGUCUACAAAGUAGUGGGCUAAGUGUGAAAGAUGGGUUUGUGGGCGUGGCGGGUCUACAAAGUAGUGGGCUAAGUGUGAAAGAUGGCGUGCUAGAUGUGAUGGGUCUUGAUGGUGAGUUGAUUAAAAGGAAUGGUAGGUUUUUUAAGGGCAAGAGGUCGGAUAGGCGCUGGCAGUUGGUAGACAAGAAGAAAGUAACGGUUCAGAGGUACAGAUGGAUUUGUGAUUUGGCUAGGGAGAUAAAAAAGGAGAAGAAAUUAGCGGUUUUACACAAGAAGAAAAGAGAUGCUCAUACGUUGGCUGUUAAGCUGGGGACGUUUUUGGAGUCUGAAGAUAUGUUCGAAGUGCUGGAUCAUCUUUAUCUCCCAGUUUUUGAGGGUUCUCGCUUGCCAAUAAUCAGUGAGAUGGAGUCUGAUCUUAAUAGAUCCUGGAUCUGGUGCUUCCCAACCUUAGACCCGACCCUCAAAAACCCUACAUCCGACCUUAGCUCGACAUUUAGAUGCUUUAGACCCGCCCUGAACACUGCCGUCUAUAAAGAAACGGCGGGCAAGUACCCCACUUUCAAGGAUAUGAACUCUUCCACCUUGGGAACGACAGUUGGACAGCUGGAAAGAGGCUUGGCCGGUAACCAUAUUUUAGGUACCAACAGCUGGAAAGAGGCUCGGCCGAAAAGGAAAAGAAGUGGAAAAAUAAAAUCAAGCAUGAAAAGAUUGAAAGCAGAGAUGGCAGAGAUUGGUGAACAGCAGAAACGAGUUAAAAAGGGGCAAAUGGAAAUAAGAGAGAAGUUUAAAGAGAUUGAACUUGACUGUGAUCAACUUAAAAAGGAAACAUUCCUUAUAUCGGAACAGGCUGGACGCAAUCAACAACGCCUAAGUCUUAUGUUCAAAAUCGUGAAAGCUCGAGAAAACAACAAUUUUUCCGAAGCUGACAAACUUACGCAAUCUCUUCGGUUAGUUUUGCCCCUCUCCUCCUGUGUGCGUAGAAUGCCUGAUGAAGCACAACAUGGAAAACAAUAUGUGACUAUUUGCAGAUUCAAGCGAUUAAGUAUGCAGCCGCUGUCCAUUUCAAUAAUAGAUCAAGUAUCCGUUGAUAUUGAUGAGCGAGAGAAAAAUGGUGUAAAGCCCUUAUUUGUUGAGGUGUUCAUGGAACUUUGCCCUACAAGUUGUUCGAGUGAAGCUCUUGAAAGAUGA